AUGCCCGUGAGGACCUGGGAGCUGCCCCUGCUACUUCUGCUGGGGCUGGGGCUGGGGUCCCAGGAAGCUCUGCCCCCACCCUGUGAGAGCCAGAUUUACUGCCACGGCGAGCUCCUGCAUCAGGUUCAGAUGGCCAAGCUCUACCCGGAUGACAAGCAGUUUGUAGACAUGUCACUGUCUGCAGCACCAGACGAAGUCCUGCAGAGUUUCAGUGCGCUCACCACAGCCCACAACCAUAGCAUCCCCAGGCAGCAGCUGCAGGAGUUCAUCCAGCGAUAUUUCCAGCCUGUGGGGCAGGAGCUGCUGUCCUGGACCCCUGAAGACUGGAAAGACAGACCCCAAUUCCUGCAGAAGAUCUCAGAUGCCAAGCUGCGUGCCUGGGCAGAGCAACUGCACCAGAUCUGGAAAAAGCUGGGAAGGAAGAUGAAGCCAGAAGUUCUCAGCCACCCUGAGCGAUUUUCUCUGAUCUACUCAGAACAUCCCUUCAUUGUACCUGGGGGGCGAUUCGUCGAAUUCUACUACUGGGACUCCUACUGGGUCAUAGAGGGUCUGCUCCUCUCUGAGAUGACAGAGACGGUGAGAGGCAUGCUGCAGAACUUCCUGGACCUGGUCAAGACCUAUGGGCACAUCCCCAAUGGUGGACGCGUGUACUACCUGCAGCGGAGCCACCCCCCACUCCUGACCCUCAUGAUGGACCGAUACAUUACUCACACCGAUAACAUCAGCUUCCUGAGGGAAAACAUCGAGACACUAGCCUUGGAACUGGACUUCUGGACUGUGAACAGGACCGUCUCUGUGAACUUGGGAGGAGAGAGCUACAUCCUGAAUCGCUAUUAUGUCCCUUUUGGGGGACCCAGGCCAGAGUCCUAUAGCAAAGAUGAGGAGUUGGCAAACAACUUGCAGGAAGGGGAUCCAGAGGCUUUAUGGGCUGAGCUCAAGGCUGGGGCUGAGUCAGGCUGGGACUUCUCUUCCCGCUGGCUAGUUGGAAGCCCCCACCCUGACUUGCUCAGCAGCAUCCAAACCAGCAGACAGGUGCCUGUUGACCUGAAUGCCUUCCUGUGCCAGGCAGAGGAGCUGAUGAGCAGCUUCUAUUCCAGACUGGGAGAUGAUGCCCAGGCUGCCAAGUACAAAGGCUUGAGGGUCCAGCGCAUGGCCGCCAUGCAGGCCGUCCUGUGGGAUGAGCAGAAGGGUGCCUGGUUCGACUAUGACCUUGAGAAUGGGAAGAAGAACCUUGAGUUCUAUCCAUCCAACCUCACCCCGCUCUGGGCCGGCUGCUUCUCUGACCCUGCUGCUGUGGACAAGGCUCUGAAAUACCUGGAGGACAGCCAGAUCCUGACCUACCAGUAUGGGAUCCCCACCUCUCUCCGGAACACAGGCCAGCAGUGGGACUUUCCCAAUGGCUGGGCCCCUCUGCAGGACCUGGUCAUCAGAGGCUUGGCCAAGUCAUCUUCACCUCGGACCCAGGGAGUGGCUUUCCAGCUGGCCCAGAAUUGGAUUCGAACCAACUUUGACGUCUAUUCACAAAAGUCGGCCAUGUAUGAGAAGUAUGACAUCAGCAAUGGACAGCCUGGCAGUGGAGGGGAGUAUGAAGUUCAGGAGGGGUUUGGCUGGACCAAUGGAGUGGCCCUGAUGCUCCUGGACCACUAUGGUGACCAGCUGACCUCAGGGACCCGGCUGGCUCUCCUGGUGCCCCACUGCCUGGUGGCUGCCUGUCUGUUCCACCUUCUGCCGAGCUUCCUGUCAUAGUGACCAUGGCAGCCAGAAGGACUGAUCAGGAGGGUGGCAUCACUCCAUCUGUGUGUCCCAUCUGGCUCCAGCUCCUGCCUCAUUAAAACCUCUGCACCUGGCAUAGUGUGGUGCCGGCCAGUAAUCCCAGCACUCUGCGAGGCUGAGGCAGGAGCCCAGCCUAGCUAAAUUAGAAAGGCCCUGUUUCAAAUAAAGCAAACAAAAAGAAUGCUCUGGGUUCAAUCCAAAGUACCAGCAAAAAA